GGAAGCCUGAUCCCUGUCCUCUCCCCACCCCUUUCCCUUUCUGCGUCAGCACUUUCCUUCGGGGGCACAUUCAGCGGCAGCCAUCCCCUCGGAGCUCUUUGCACGCUUGCUGAGUCACAGUAUCACACAUGGCUAACGAAUCAAGACCCUGCCCAUGCGACAUUGGGGACAGGUUUGACUAUGGAGGCCGUGGGCAGGAGGUGCAAAUCGAGCAUAUCAAGGCGUAUGUUGGCAAACCACCUGUGAGCACCGACAAAGCUGUGCUUGUGAUUCAUGACAUAUUUGGAUGGCAACUUCCCAACACCAGAUACAUAGCUGAUAUGCUGACCUCUAAUGGAUACAUAGCCAUCUGCCCAGACUUUUUUGUAGGUCAAGAAGCUUGGAAGCCUUCCAAUGACUGGGCGUCUUUCGAGGAGUGGCGGAAAACCCGAGAUUCCAGCAAGAUAGACAAAGAAGUCGAUGUCGUCCUGAAGUAUCUAAGGGAACAGUGCGGCGCAAAGAAGAUUGGAGUCGUUGGGUUUUGCUGGGGUGGAGCAGCAGUACACCACCUGAUGCUGAAAAACCCUCACUUAAAGACAGGGGUGUCUGUCUAUGGAGUCAUCAAGUUCUUUGAGGAUGGAUCCAGUUUGCUUCACCCCACGUUGUUCAUUUUUGCUGAAAAGGAUGAAGUCAUCCCAUUGGAGGAAGUCACCCGACUGGAGCAGAAGCUGAAAGAGAACUGCAAAGUUGAUUACACAGUGAAAAUUUAUCCUGGACAGACACAUGGGUUUGUACAUCGCAGAAGAGAAGAUAUCAAUCCUCAAGACAGACCUUAUAUUGAGGAAGGGAGAAAGGAUAUGAUCAACUGGUUGAAUAAAUACCUUUAGUGUCAAUAAA